AUGGACAUCGAAAAGAAAGAAGAACAGCCCCUCAGAUCACCCGUACCCACCUCUGCACCAUCCGACCCGACCCGCAAGCUCAAACGCCGUCGAUGCAUCAUCAUCUGCUCAUCCAUAACCGCUGUCAUCCUCACCAUCGCUCUAGUCCUCUUAAUAUUAGGCCUCACCGUUUUCAAAGCCAAAAAACCGGUUAUAACCGUUAAUUCCGUUGCCCUCGAAGACUUCGACGUCUCGGUUAACCCCAUACCGAUCCGGGUUUCAUUAAACCUGUCACUGGCACUCGGUAUAGCAAUCAAAAACCCGAACAAGGUGAGUAUUAAGUACCGGAGCAGCUCGGCGACUCUCCGGUAUAGAAAUAAAGAUGUGGGGGAUGUUCCUAUACCCGCUGGACGGCUUGGGUCCGACGAUACGGAGAAUUUGAAUUUGACUCUAACGGUUUUUGCUGAUCGGUUGGUUUCGGAUUCGGAGAUUUAUCGUGAUGUUUUAAGAGGUAGUUUGCCGUUUUCGACUUAUACUAGGAUUAAGGCGAAGGUCCGCGUGCUUUUUGUUCAUAUUCGGGUUACCUCUACCUCUACUUGUGAUUUUGAUAUUGAUACACAGAAUAGGAGUGUUGGGAAUCAGACUUGUCAUUACAAGAACAAGUUUUAG